AUGCCCGCUCCCACGCCUCAGCUCACCGCCGCGGCUGCCGCAGGUCCCAACGAUGUUAUCACCGACGUCGAGAUCUUCAACGCCCUUCGCGCUCUUUGCGAGAACCACGCCGCCAUCCGUGACCACAAUGUGAAGCUCGAACGUCGCAUUGCGGAGGUCGAACGCCACAGGGCCGAAAUCGUUCACGAGCUUGUCCAGCUCCGACUCGAGGUGGCCGAAACCCAGUCUACCCAGCAGAAGCUUCGCCAAGAAAUCGAGCAGCUGGAAGCUUCCUUUACAAGCGCCAAAGCUGCUCUCGCUGGCCAGAAGGCUGAAACCGCGAUGCUCAACGAGAUGCUCAAGACGGUGAGGGACAAGAUGGAGGAACUGGAGGUGGCGGCCGCCACCACGGGAGUCAAGGUCCAGGCAUGA